AUGUCACACAAGUUCAAGUGGAUGGAGCUUGUGGGCCAGACAAUCAUGUCGCGGCGGUUUCCUCCGCAGACUGGAGACGGAGAUCAGCAUCCUAGAUUUACGGAGAACGUGGCCGGCGCCUACUCGAAAGAUGGUAGAAUUUUGGUCUCGAUGCUCAGACAGCUCACACUUUUGGAUGUGGCUUUUGAGAGAUCAGCACACGACGCACGUCGACGGAAGAACACAUGGUACAUGCAACUUGCCGACGCCUCCAAUACCAGACAGCUGCGCGGAGAAACGCGUCCAGACUCGCCCAAAGCGUUCAAGUCGUCUGGCAAACCGUCGCAUUUGAUCUCGGACUUGCUCGCACGCUCGCACGCUCGCACGCUCGGUGGCUGCGGGGAAAGCCCUCCCCGUGCCGCAGGUCUAGCAUAUCAACGGCGAGUACGGGCUGUCAGUAUGCAUGCUAAGAUGCCGCUGUUACCAGCAAUACUUGAUGGCGGUGAGCAAUCUGGAAUAGCCAGGACGUCUACGCUGGUUACACAUGGGAAGGCGUCCGACGAGCCUCGCCUUGGUCCCAUCGUCAUUGACAAAAUUGUCAUCGGUUAG